AUGAGCUGUAACAAAUUCCACAGCCCGAAACAUUUGAAUAAUGACAUUGAGUUGGAGGAAGAAUUUAUGUCAAAUCACCGCCCGCAAGUAAAUGAUUGUAUUUUAUUAAUAACUUGCAAUGUACAGAACGUGAUGUUUCUUUGGAAUGCUUCAAACAUCAGCAGAUUCAUCCCGCAAUAUGGUUUACCCGAGGAAAAAUGUGUUCGAACUGUUUCAGUUGCUGAUAUAAUUAUCACUUGCGAUUCAUUAAAGCGCGUCACGAUAAAGCCAGCAAAUAAACAACAGAGGAAAAGGGAGAAAAUGAGCUGUGAAUCAAAACUUUGGAAGUUUUCCCUCCAACCAAACAAAGAAGAUAAUAGAAUUUCCCAAAAGACGAAAGUAGAAACAUUAUUUUCAUUGUUCGAUUUGGAAAUUGGAUUUUCUUCGGCACCAUAUCGUAUUUAUGUUGCGUGCGAGUGUGAAGAUAUCGACAAACGAUAUUAUGAUUUCCUGAACUUUUACUUCACAUCUCGGAAGGUGAAGCUUACUUAUGGAUGGAAGUGGAAUCCAAUUACGAAGAAGCAGAAGCAAAAGGGAGAAAAUGAUACUGUUGAUGAUGGUUGCGCAUGUAAACUUGAUAUCAUCUCUUAA